GGAAAAGAGGUGACUCAUCUACUUUUCGUAUUAAGAGUUCAGUGUUGUUGAAAUUUUAAAAGCUUUGUAAAGUUCUCCCUCCUAAUUUUCUUCUCCCAAUCAAUUUUCCCCUUACCACCAUCUCUGAGAUUAAAGGAUGAGACCAUCCGAGAGCUGUGGGUUUUAAACCCAGCCGCCCUUCAGAAUGAAACUAAACCAACCCUGGCAGCAGACAUGUUUUGAUUAUUAAACAAUUGCAAAAAUUGUCUUGUACUCCCAGUCCCCACUCUAUCUGCUGAGUAUAAGAUUUUGAUGACAAGAGAGAAAUCUCACAUCUGUAAUAUAUGAUACUGAGGUGGUUUCUUUAUUUUCUUACUGGAAAUUGAAGAAAAAGGAGAAAAGCAAAGAUCCCAUUAUUUGGGACCGUAACCUGGCUUCCCCCCAACUCUGGGAUUACUGUGUUUGGUAAUGGGGACAGCCAUUCUGAGCCUGCUUUUCUAACUAACGUGGACCAUUAUGGCUCAGACUGUUACAGAGACACAGAGGCAUUAACUGCAGUAAUCUCCAAACACAACUUGGAGGUCUGUGUACUUCCCCUCGUAAGCGAAAGCCUCUUAUGUAACCAACCACGGCAGGUUACAAAGACUUCCGGAGUGCAUGAAUUCUCGUGGGCCUAGAUCCAGUGUAGAGGGCAGGCAGCUGGGCAGGUGUCCUCCGGAUCACAGGGAAGACAGUGAGCGCUACUCUCGUAGAUCCAGAAGAAACACCUCGGCUUCUGAUGAAGAUGAGCGCUUGUCAGUGGGUAGCCGAGGAAGUCUGAGGACAAAUGGUUAUGAUGGAGAACUACAUGGAUCCCAGUCCCUGAAUAGAAGAUCUGGCAGGGUUGAAGAGAGACCAGACAAAGAUUUUACCGAGAAGGGGUCUCGUAACAUGCCAGGCCUGUCUGCAGCCACUCUGGCCUCCCUGGGGGGGACCUCCUCUCGGAGAGGUAGUGGGGACACCUCCAUCUCCAUCGACACCGAGGCCUCCAUGAGAGAAAUCAAGGACUCCCUAGCAGAAGUUGAGGAGAAAUACAAGAAGGCCAUGGUUUCCAACGCUCAGCUAGACAAUGAGAAGACAAACUUCAUGUACCAGGUCGAUACCCUCAAAGAUAUGUUGCUGGAACUUGAAGAACAACUGGCUGAAUCGAGGCGACAGUAUGACGAGAAAAACAAAGAAUUUGAGAGGGAAAAACAUGCCCACAGCAUCCUGCAGUUUCAAUUUGCCGAAGUGAAAGAGGCCCUGAAGCAGAGAGAAGAAAUGCUUGAGAAACAUGGAAUAAUCCUAAAUUCAGAAAUAGCUACCAAUGGAGAGACCACAGACACUCCAAAUAAUGUUGGCUACCACGGUCCUACCAAGAUGACAAAGGAGGAGUUAAAUGCCCUCAGGUCGACAGGGGAGGGGACACUAGGAAGAGCCAAUGAAGUGGAGGUGAAAAAUGAAAUUGUGGACAAUGUGGGGAAAAGAACAAUCUUGCAGAAUUCUGAGAAAGAACAGCACAAAGAGGACACAGUAAAGGAUUGUGUGGACACAGAGGCAUCCCACCCUGGUGACAGAGCUGAGGACCAGAAAGUCUCUGAUGAAGACAAAGCCCCAUCCCUAGGACGGUUAGCAGGUGCUAAAGAUGAGGAACAGGUUCAAAGCCAAAUUCUAGAGAGCAUGUCUUGCCUUGAAAGUACAGAGCAGGUUGAAUCCAAUGAGGUCAUUAGUGGGGCAAGUGAUGGGCCUGGAGCUUCCCUUAGCAGUUUGAGUGAGUUAGAUAGUGAAGCCCCAGGCUCUGGGAGUGGGCAGGACAGUUGUCAUGCCUUAGAUAUCAAAAGCCAAAGUAAAGAAUCUGUAGAAAAGCAGGAAAAAGAAAAGCAAGAGGAUUUUAGAACCACUUUGGAAGAAGUUAGCUCAGAACCACGUCAGGAAUCGGUUCCUUUGCAAAUACCUGAUGUCCACAAGGCGGGCAGCAUAGACGCUGGCGGGCAAAGCAGGACCCACACAGAGAAUGUGGAAGAGGGAGGGGAAACUCACACUGGGGAGCAGGUGGGCACAGUGGCCUCAUAUCCCCCCAAUAGUGAUGACACAGUGGGUCAAGAUGAAAAGUGUGCAGUAGCUGCCCCUGAAAAGUUGGGUCCAAGCAUAGGACAUAGUUUGGAGACAGAAGUCACCAACCAGAAAGUAGCUGAGCCCAGAGGGUCCGCAGUUCAGAAUACAGAAGCAGAUAGGGAGGACAAUGAAGAAACAGGGUCAAAGGAUGAGAAACCAGUUGAGACUCAUGUCCAAACCAUUCCUGGUUCUCCAGCAGCCAAGAGUGGUCAUCCAGAAGCAGCAGGUCCAAGUGUGGUAGAGCAGGUUCAGUCCAAUGAGGUCCAAUGUGCUGAAAGUGAACCCCUAGACACGAACGAGCCCAGUGAAGAGAAGAGCGGCCAGCAAGGAGAAGCACUGGAUUCGCCACAGAAGAGGGCAAAGAACAAGAAAAAGAAAAACAAGAAGAAAAAAUCACCAGCUCCUGUAGAAACCCUUAAAGAUGUUAAGAAAGAGUUAACGUAUCAGGACACAGAUUUAAGUGAAGUUAAGGAAGAAGAGCAGGUAAAAUUUACUGCUGAAAAGUCAGCGAUGGAAGCUCAAGAGGAGGUGGUUAACAGUCCCAAACAGAAAGGUGUAGCAGAAAGUGUUGAAAAUAUUGAUUGUCCAGAAGACCCUAACACUGAUUUGGAUGGAAACCCUAACCAAGAGGUUGGAAAAACAGAAGCAGAGAAAGUCAGAGCUAAUGGAGACACAUUGAAUUUUGAAGAUGAUACAAUUCGAUUGUCAGGCACUAGUGUGAAUGAUAAAGAAUUAGAGGAAUUAGAGGAAGAAGAUGCCACUCGGAGCAGCCCUCCAGAGCCAGAGGAGGAAGCAGUGAGUGGCAGCCCCCUGCGGGGAAGUCCCGCAAGGGAAAUUAACGAUGUCCUUCAAACAGGAAGUGCAGAGGGGGACGUCCUGCCAGAACAUCCAAGUCAGGCAGUCCAGAAGGCUUUAGACAGCAUUAGUCUGGAGAGCAAGGACCUCUCAGCACCAGCAGGCGUGUCGGGGGACUUGGAUUCAGAAAGCAGAGAGGAUACAGAGAGAGGAAAUGAGAAGGGCAAAAGCAAAGAAGAUUGCACCAUGUCCUAAAGGGGCAGACGGGCCCAGGAGGAGGUGGGACACAGACAGGAGCUUCAGGGCCAAGGACGUCGCACAGUAAGUCUGAUCACAAGAGACUCUUGUCUUUUGUCACUCCUGCCGAUGUGAGUAAAAUGUCCCAAGUUGAUUUAGCUGCACUGUGUGACAAUCAUCAGGUUAUCUGCCUGUGCUACUGUAAGUUACAGACUGUUCCUCGUAGAUUUAUAUUUAAUCAUUGAAGUUGUCACCCAGAUUGGAAAGACAUGCCUGUUAUUAGUGUAAGUUCUAAUGAGAACAUUCCAGUAGUAUCAAACAAUGAUGUGUACUGUUGAUACUCUAGCUUAAAAUAAAAUAAAAAUAUUUAGCAUUUGCCUUAGGUCUACAUGAAUGUGGAUAUUCUUGACCAAACAUAUCAGCUUCUAGUCAAAAUGACCAAAUAGCAUUCUUAGGUUUCUGCAUCAUGAGUAUAAUUGGUACUUAACGCCUCCUUCUCAUACGUGUGCUGUCAUAUUUGAUGUUAGUACAUAAGUACGUUAUGAGCUCUCUGGUAUUUAAAGGAGGCAAACACCCAUAUAGCAAAUAGGUCACUGAGUGAUGAGGUUGGUACCUUAAUCUGAAAGCAUGAGAGGAGUCUCAUUUACCUUUACCUCAUGUGAGUCUUUAGCUCAAAUCAAAGCAUUAGGAUCUCAUUGUUAAUGAUCCCUGAAAUUGCUUUGUAGGAGAUUCUGACUUCACUUCAUGCUGACGGUGUGUACUAAAUUCAAAGAUUUUUUUUAUGGAAGUGACGUUUGUUGAAAUUUCAUUUCCUACUGCAGUAUCUGAGCAGGGCAGUCACUAACAGAAAUGUCUUAGGACCUCCACAUCACUUCUCUUUGUUUGAAUGUCUAAUCAUUACACAAAAGAGCAACAUGAGAGGUAACUUCCUGUACAAACUGCUAAUUAGACUGUAAGAAGAUACUCUUAAGAGUUGAAUCACUGUGGGUAUCAUGGCAUAAAUACUUUCAUUUGCUGUUUCUCAUUGUAUUAUUAUUGGAAAACUCUUGUUUUGAUCUGCCUGAACAAAAGAUAUAUUUUCUACAUAAAUAAGCAUUUAAAAAAUAAUUAUAAAGGAAGAUUAAAGAUUGUGAAAUAUAAAAUUACAACAGAACAUACGUUGUGAGUGUUGUUGACACUUUAUGAGAUUGUGGAUUCCUAUUACUGUUACAAGAUGCAAUUGAGUGCAAAAAAUCAAAACCUCAAUAAAAGUUGAGGCAAACUUAAGUGUUACCAUGUCAUGGAAAUAAAGACAUUUUAUAAUUGUACAAGCCUGUGGUUCUACUCUUUGGGCUACUGGAAUUCUGAGUCUGUCAGAAUGCUACAUUGCAUGAUAACUGUCUUUACGGUUAUGUGCUUCUGGGUUGCUAAUCCUCACUGGGGUCCUGGGAAAGGCCCAGGCCUCCUGCCCUUGGUCGGUCAUGAACGGCCUUCUCUCCUGGCACCAGGCUGGUUCUAGCAUGGGGGCAUCAUCCCUUAUGCCAUCUCCUGUGAUUUGCGGUUCUGCUGAGGAAUCCCAGUUGAGAAAGGGCUCAAUUUCCUUGCUCUGCUUAAAUGUAGAAAGUUUGAAGAGUAUGAUGAAAACAGCAAAAACUUGACUGCUUAAGUGUCCCUGAAGUAGAGGGAAGUGGAGCUGAGGAAGCUGAGGCUGCUGGAGAAGGAUUCUGGGCUCUCCAGGAGGCGGAAGGGCUUUAGGUUACGUCCGCACUUCAGCACAGCUGGGCUCACCCUGGAAGGCAGACAGCUACUCAUUUCUACUCAUUCCUGCCUCUUAGGAAGGAAUUCACCAACCAGAGUCUCGGCAUGGUAACAUCACCAAACCAUUCCAAGUUCUUCCCUUUCUUUCCCAUUUUAUUCCACAGCCCCUUUCAGGACCCUAAGCUCACUUCACACCCUCGACUCAGGCACCCAAGUUCUAGUUAUUCUCAACUCAGUGCAGUUUUGAUCACUUUGUAUGUGGCAGGCGGUGUGGUGUGAACACAAGGGAAGGUCUCCACUGGGGAGUGGACAGCUGCGAAUCAGGAUAGGAGCAAAGAAAGAAAAAAGGACUUCUGAACAGCCAAAGCAUUUCCUGGUAAUUUCAGAGACUUCCUUGUGAGCAUCAGUUACUCUGCUCUGAGGGCAUCCUGAUGUUACAGCCUGGAGCUGUAACUGAUACAGUGAAGGGCCGUACAUUAUCUUGAAAGGAGUCACCUAGACAGAGUCAGUUUAAGGCAUAAGGUAUAAGGCAAUUUAGAAAGGUUUCAUGGUCCAAAGAUUCAAUCUUAGAAAAGAAUCAAAAGGGGUACUGCCAGCCAUAUCCCCAAAGAAACCUGGACGCUGACGUGUCACUAUAACAUGGAACAGAGAAAUGAUUGGAUAUUGUUCAUGCCCAAAGCAAGACAUGGGUACUGUGCGUACAUGUAAAGCUUAUUUCAAAGUGUAAGUAGUUAUAAUUAUGGUUGUGUGCAGAAAAUAGGGAAAGACAUUUUUUUUCAAUUGUUUAAGUUCAAAGUUUUAUUUUUAGACACCAACUAUAGCCAAUUAGAAAAUGUAUAGAGAAUUUUUAAAACAGUAUUAUUAGGGUCCCCCCUCAAAAAAAAGACAACUGGGAAUAAAUCUAGGAAAGUGUGAGACACUCUGGAGAAAGUUACAAAACAUUAUUGAAAUGCUUCUUGGAGACCUGAAAAGGUGGCCAAUUAUAUUAUAGGUAGGAAGGAAGGAUUUAUAACAAGGAUGCUAACUCUCCACAAAUUAAUUUAUAAUUUCAUAUAAAUCUAAUCAAGAUCCAAAUAGGACUUUUCGUGAACUAUGCUAAUUCUAAAAUUCACAUGUAAGAGAAAUAAUGCAAGAACAGCCAAUAUGAUUUUGAAAAAGAAAAACAAGGAAGAGAAAUGUACAUUGAAAUACAGGAAAGAUAACCUCUUUGCCUCCUUCCUCUGGUAAUGGAGGCCUGUUCUCUGUCUACAGUGAUAUAUCCUGCUUUGUAAGGGGAAAGACAGAUUUUUGAAUUAUAGGUUGUUACCAUAUACAGAGGUCAGAGAGCAGUAAAAUUUUUAAAGAGUUUUUAAGAAUGAGAUGUAGGGUGUUGACUACUUCUUGUAAUCCUUAGCAUUUGCAGUUAACUGAAGACCUAAUGCCCUCAAAGUUUUACUUACCCUGGGAUGCUAAUUCUGGGGGUUAGUGUUUUCUGCCACUAGACUCUUUUCCUGGAAGGCCUCACUGCACAGGGUGCCGCCACAGCCACAGAGCCAAGGGAACGUGACCGUGGGACCUGUUCCAAAUGUCUGGCCCCUCAAGGAAAGGGGGUAUGUGUGUGGAUCAGAACAGUCCUAGUUCAGAGUGGUAAUCACAUGCACAGAGAACUUUGUCAGGAGGAACAUCCUUCCACUCUUUAUACUGCCACUUCUCACGUGUAUUUUUCGAGAUGAGAAUGGCUAGUGGAUGAUAUAAGGACGUAUUUCCCGACUAUGCAAACCCCUUGGGCCCUGCAAACAGGAGAAACAAGAAGCCGCUGUGCCAGGCCCAGCUCCGCCUUCUGCAGGAGGGAGCUGCUCCCUGCAGGGAGGACAGCCAGGAAGAUGAAACCGACCACAGCAAUAACCACAGCAAUGACGCUCACUCCAAGUGGCAGCCAGGCAACCUGUUUCUCAAGAGGCCUUGGUCUCCCUCAGUCUUCUUUAAAUCUCCUUUGUCAUCUUUACAAAUACGGGGGGAGAUGAUUCUUCUGGGCAGUGGGAAGAGGAAUUAAUCCACAGAAUUAAAAAUAUACUCUUGGAAACAGAUCAUUAGGAAUAAUCUACUGAACCUCAAUCACUGUGCCUUAUUUUGCUGUCUGAAAACAGGUGAGAGCCCACCUGUCAGAGCUUGGUGAGGAUCGCGCAAAGUGCUUUAAAGGCAUGUGCUUCUUGGUGGCUGCAGUCGCUGUGGGUUGGCCUUGCUCUGCCCCAGGACAGACCGGCUAAGACACACGGGCCAAAAGAAUGGCCCAGGAACACAGGAGUUCACAGAAUCCCAAAACUAGGAAUUGGCUACCCCAGUAAUUUUCUAGAAGGUCUUACCUCUUUGUCUCCCAUUUCAUUGGUCUCUAAAAUGCAUACCAGAAAGUUCGUUACAAUUUAAUACAUAAAAACUAGAUUUUUAAAAAUAUAAACCUUUCACAAUUACUAA